CCCGGUGCUGCAGAAGAAGAAGAGAGCGAAGCAGCCGAUGCAGGUGAGCACCAGCACAGUGGACAUGCCGAUGAAGAAGGAGGCGGCCUUGAACGCACCGGAGGGGAUGGCGCUGAAUUCAGUGAAGCUCCCCUGGCAGGUCAAGUCCCGGGACAGCCCGUUCCCGAUGCAGUAGUGGAACAGCCCGAAGUAGCCCGCCUGAGGGGUGUCCGCACCGUCCCCGAUCCAGUAGGGCUGGAUGAAGCACACCACGUUGACGAUGGCGAAGAGGAUGGUGAAGAUGGCCCACAGGACGCCGAUGGCGCGCGAGUUGCGCACGUAGUUGGUCUGGUAGAUCUUGGCAGCCUCGGAUGCGGGGAGCAUGGUGGUGGUCGUGCUGGGGGCCCCGGGGACCAUUCUCCGAUCUGUGAUGAGGUGGGUCUUCUCACUCAACACAUCUGCAGCAUCUGAUCCAGAGAAGGCACACUCACACUCUGAUUCACAACUUGUUCUUGGUGUUGAUUCCUCUUUGAGUUCUUGUAUAUUAUGUGUGUAUUGAUAUCUCUAAUAACAGACUUUUCUCAGUCUCGGUUGGAGCCUACCUGCAACAUCACUUGCUCGCAUCCAUUGGAAGGUCGGGUUUUACGAUUUCCUCUUCAAUUUCAUUCAUCACUCUGCAAAAACAGACACAUGCACCCCGUAAAAACCAGCUUCAGGAAUCCUUCCUCCAUUCCCCGAUUUAUUCUUUAACACAUGUCCUCAUGUGUUCUUAAAAAUGUCCCUACCCGACUCCUCUCCAAAGGCGGAGACUGUUAUUCCGACAAACAGCCUCGUCCCUCUCUCUCUCUCUCUCUGUGAUUCUCUUGGUGAGAGCUCUCUGAAAUGGUCCGUCUGUGCUCGACGACAACAGACCCACAAUCACAGCUGAGAUCCUUCUGAAUCAGAGUCGGAGGAAAGCCUUGGGUACUACAGGGACAGCCCACAUCCCUUAAUCCCAAACUGACGUAGGCUAUUGUACUGUUCAGACGCGCGAAAUCUAAAUCAAAUACUACUACUUAAAAGAUCGAAACUAAAGAAAGGGAAUUUGAGAAGUCCUUAAAAAUAGAAUCAAAUAAAUAAAUAUUAAUAAUAAUAAUAAUAAUAAUAAUAAUAAUAAUAAUAAUAAUAAUAAUAAUAAUAAGAAAUUUAUUAAAUAUUUAGUACCUAGCACAGUAAAGCCGGUCAGGUUAUCAUCCUAAACUCAUCCUAAAAAAAUCUGCAACAAAAAAAAAUAAAUACAUUUGACAUAAACGCUGUAUCUUCUCUAAGCAAGACACUAAAUUUGUAUUUUUUUAAAUAAAAUGUAAUUAUUUAGUGACCAAAAACUCGCAUGAUAUGUACCAAUCUGAGAUUUAUCAGUUUUGUCGAAGAAAAGUGUGCAAUAUUGUUUUAUUUUACUAAAUGUUCCCCUUUUCGGGUUUUCCAAUAAACCUUUACCACCAAAAACUACAUUACCCAUAAAUCCGUGUAUCUCUUCUGAUUGGCCGUUGACUCAACAGCGUCAUUUGACGUAAUCCGAUGGCGCGCGGGAAAUUUCUGUUUCCCCAGUGUGUUUGUUGGUAACUUUAACUUAGAUUCACGCCGCUUUUUAAGGUGGUUUGGCUUCUGAUACAUCAUCAUGGCUUUACUUUCACGACUCAGUAGUUUUCAAAAAGUAUAGUUUCUUGUUUUGCUGUCUUCCUCUGAACAACGGAGUUCGUCGUUUCUCGUCCCUUUUACUGAACGGAGAGCUGAGCGUCGAGCCGGCUGUAGUCCAGUCCUCUGACGGAGUGUUACAUGUGUUUGUGCUGCUGUGGUGAAGAAGUAAGAUGACAGCGCUGUUACAGCAACCAGGAUACGAGGAGGAGAGGCUGCAGAGGGUCGCAGAGAAACUACCAUGCAGAGAUGUUCAGGCUGGUUUGCUGCUGUCGCUCAUGGGACAGGUAACUACUGAAAAGCGUAUACAGCUUAGUUUAAACGCUUUUUUAUGACACGUAUAAAUAUAUAACAGGUGCUGGCAUCUGUCAUUUAAGGUGUGAACUUUAAUACAUUUUAGCUCGUAAUACUCAUAAACCUUUUUUUUUUAACUUGUUAAAGCUUCAGCCUUUGAAUCUAACAUGUUGAUUUGGUGUACUCUGGUGUCUCCUCGUGUGCUGUCUGUCUGCCUUUAUAACUGUUGUCUUCAUGUGUGGUUUAAUAUUUAUCUUGUAAAUGUUAGUGAAUCCAACCAUAUCUUUUUUUUAAUAAUAAUUAAAUAAUUAAUAAUUUUAUUUUCAGAAUUUACACAGAACCAUACAUCAUUUUAAUUCAAAUAAGGUAGAAAAUGACAAGGAAAGGAUAAAACAUGAGGGAAAAGAAGGGUAAACAAAGAAAACCCCAACAACAACACAACAAUGUGCCAUCAGUUAAAGAAGUAUGUGUUCUUGUAUUUAUUAAAAAGUAUUAUUUAUCAUUAGCUCAGUCUAGGACCCCUUAAACCACCGUAUCCCCUCUGUAUAGUUUCACUUUGACCUUUAGGCAAGUAAUCCAUAAGGGGCCUCCAUGUGUCCAUAAAGAUAUCAUCAUUCCAUUUUAAUUUGACACUUAGCCUUUACGUUGGUAAAACUCUAAACAUUUCUUUGUACCACUGAGUUACAGGGGAGGUUUAUCACUAGUACAAUUAAAUAGUUUAUAUUUUCUGGCCAAGAAUAAGAGUUUAUGAAGUGAUUUUGAUCUUCUCACAUCCAUUACUCUAUUUGUAGGAGGCAGCCCCAAUAGAAACUGGCCUGAAUCUUUACAGAUCUUGUUUUUGAAUAUUGCUGUCACUUCCUUAGAUACACAUGACCUGAACUUUGAUAUUCUUGGACAGCUCCAGAAGCAGUGUAUAUAUGUUCCAACUUACAUUUAAGGCACAAUGGUGAUCUAUUAGAGUCAAUUUUGUUCAUAUCAUGAGGUUUCCUGUCAUUAGGCUGUCUGUGAAUUAUUCUAUAUUGUAUUUCUUUGAAUUUAUUGCUGAGAAACAGAGAGUGAGUGGUCUGAAUACAUCCCUCCCGAGCAUCUUCAUUGUAUACACUUUGGAGGUCCUCCUCCCAUCAUUCAUCAAGCCUGUCAAUAUUGUGUUGGUUGUAACUCUGUAGAACCAAUCUUAUCUUGAUAUAUGCACAGGUGGAGUGAUUCAUUUUCAACUUUGCUCCUGAUUUGAUGAGUUAACCUGAUUUUAACAGUGUCUAUCUGAAAUAAGUGUUGCGUUAUCAUAUAUAAAUGAUAAUGGUUAGGGUUAAAUAAGUCAAUAAUGUAUUUACAUGCUGUAAAUUAAGCAACAAAUGAUCAAUAUGGCAGUACUUUCUCUUCUCCAUUUCCUUCAAAUAUUUAGAAACUAUCCUCUAUCAAAUACUGACCUGAUGCCAGUGUUAAAAUGCUUUAAAUGAUCAAAAUGAAACAUUUCACCCUCCUCUUGAUGAGCGGGUUUAUUUCUAUAGUUCCUCACCAUUAAUUCCAGCCUGUUUCACGAACAGAUAAAAACACUUUCUGAGAUAUUUUGUGAUCACAAUGAAAUGCCACCCUUAUAUAUUGAUUGGAUUUUGUUCUCACAGCCUCAACAGUACAGCUUCCCUUCCAUCUUCAUCUACGGUCAUCGGGCUUCAGGGAAGAGUCAUGUGCUGCAAGUUUUGCUGAAGGAACUUGAGGUGAGAGAGAGAGAGAGAGACCUGCUUCUGUGAAAAUGAAGGACUUGUAAUCUAAUGAUUUCACAAAUUCAGCGAGGCAUGAGUCAAACCUGAGUAAAAAGAAUGAAAUUGGAGCUUGGAAAAAAUCUUUCAUGAAUCUCCUAAAUUUAUAACUUGUAACAACAGUGACACUGUUGGGUGUAAAGUAAGCUAACUUUGUAUAUAUAUCCACAAAUACUCCUAAAAGUAAGUAAGAGAAUGAUACACAUAUGGACAGUUUUAAUGAGUGAAUCCUGCAUCGCUUAUAAUAUGUUGUUUUUUGGCCCAUAAGUUCUCCUAACUAUUUCUUCAUUCAUGAUUUGGGAUCGACAACAUAUUGGAGGAAACACUAGAAUUUUCACUCAAUGCUCAUGUAACAAAAAUGUAGAAAAUCUUUCUACAAAAAGCAAAUACUUUUGUUCUGUUCUUUGAAAAGACUCAGCUGAUUAUUAAAAUUAUGUGUAAUUGACUUAGUAACAUUACUACAGCUGGAUUUGUUUAUUUGUCUUUACUUGUCUUACAAAGGCAAGAACAUCCACAAUGUGUAUCAACUUAAUAAAUAUCGAACUGAUGACUCUCGUCCUCUCUACAGCUGCCUCACGCCACCGUCAGCUGUGUCGAGUGUGUUUCCGUGGUGUUACUGUUCGAACAAGUGCUGCUGUCCUUCUUCGGCUGCGACGCUGCCUCGCUGCUCCCCCGCAGUCCCUCCCUGUCUGACUUUGUUCGCGUCUACAGGCAGCAGUGCUCCCAGUCUCCUGCCAAGCAGACGCGAUACAUUGUGAGUGCCGUGCAGUUUGAACGCUGAAGCGGAAAAUCCCUCCUCACUUGGCACACCAUAAUACUUUAAUCCAUUACACGUCAGAUGAUUUAUUCUUUGGAUGUGCCAUCCUAAUCUUUGUAUCGCCGGGUGAUUAGUUGUGAUAACAUAUGCAAAUAGAUGCUAAACAAAGCUCCAGGUGCGUGAGCGUGAAGAGAGAGAAUAAGUUAGAUUUUCAGCCUGCUCCGGAGCAGGUUUAUCUACCUUUAUUAUGUUUUUAUUUGACAGUAAUGCAGUAUAAGUCAUGUGUCAAGAUCAAACAGUGAUUCUCCACUGCUAACGUACAUUAAAUGUGACCGUAACUUUUUUCAGGUAAUGGAAAAAGCCGAGCUUCUAAGAGACACGGAUGCCAAUCUCCUCCCUGCUCUCCUGCGCCUUCAGGAAUUGGUGAGAAAGCAAGCGCAGCAUCCGCUUCAGCGCGUUAUCUAUCAUGGGAGCCUUUUUAUAUGUUGUUGCUCUGUGUGGAUGAUGAAGAGCGGCUGAGAGAUGGAUGGCCUUGAGCUGAGUGUGUGAAGUUCUUUCAUAACUGGGUGUGAAGUUGGAAGGAUGAUAAAUACACUUGAGAGUUUUAAUUAAAAGGGUGAAGAGAAAAAGGAUGACAUAAGAUGAAUUUUCCUUUUGUUCCUGUAAGAGAUUGAGUUUUGUGAGCUGUGAUUGAUAAGAGAGCUCAUUUUCUGUUACAUUAAAAAAAAAAAAAGCAUGAAACAUAAGAAAAGAUACAUCAAACACUUUAAUCCAACGAGGCGGCAUUGUCUGUAGCCAUGGAGAUGUGACUUUAUUGACCUGCUUCUCCACUGUUGUACAACACCGCCGUUCUGUGACACAAUCGCAUGUAUUUCAGGUUGAAGACAAUGUCACCGUCAUCCUGCUCAGUGAAAUCGUCUGGGACAAGUUCAGACCAAACACAGGCUGUUUCGAGCCGCUUCUGCUCCAUUUCCCCGACUACAGCAAAGGUAAAAGCAUUCACAUUCACGAGCGCCGUGAGCCUAUAAAAAAAAAAAAACACCACGCUGAAUAAUGACACUCCCGUGGUGGAUGCAGUGUAAGAUGAGAAAUUGUACCUGUGAUUUUGUUAUAACACUCGAGGCAGCGUCUGUGGAGCAAUACUGCAUCAUAAAACAGCACUGUGGAAAUUUAGCACGUGAGGGGUGUUAGUCCUUGUUAUCUUUAUGUGAAAAUGUGAGGCUAAUUUUGGAAAGUUAUUCUAACGCAUCGCAACUCCAACCCACAAAAAGUUGGAACACUGUCAAACAUUCAGAACAGAAGUUGAUGGUUUUCAAAUCAUGUCAAGUCUAGAUUAAAUUAAGAAUAGUGUAAAGACAACAAAUCAUAAUGUGAUUUUUCUGAAUUAUAUGCACUCAUUUUAAAACCUUUCAAAAAAGUUUGUACAGGGGUAAGUUCACUGUUGUGUUGCAUAAUCUGAUUCUACAGCACUCUGGAGUUUGGAAGAUGAAAUGAUUUCUCGUUCUUGUCUAAUAUAUGAUUUUAACAGUUUAGGAUAUCCUUUGUGGUAUUUUUUAAUUUCAUGAUGCUCCAAAUGUUUUCCAUGGAUGAUGAGUUAGGACUUUAGACGGGCCAUUCUAGCACCUGGACUCUUCUACUACAGAGCCACUCUGCUGACACAUGUGCAAAAUGUGAUUUUGAAUGCUGAAUUAUAAAACAUGUUUUUCUUACCUAUUUUAUGUUUUUAUUUUGGUCCUCAUGGUCUCAUUUGAUGUUGUAGGGUUCUUGUAUUGUCUGGGUUUCUUGGCCUUCAAUUCGGAGGACUUGUUUUGAACUGAGCUUUUGUUUUUAUUUAUUUUUUAUUUCCAUGUGCUGAUGUUCUGUGCUUUGCAACUGUUUGUCAAAGCACUUUGUAAACUUUUAUUGAAAAGUGCAAUAAAAAUAAAGUUGUUAUUAUUAUUAUUAUUAUUAUUAUUAUGUUGCUGGUCCAAAUAUAAAAUGAUGAAUAUAUUUUUCAUGACACAGUCAACAUGUGAAUUAGGUCUUCACCCCUUUUUAAUCACAUGAAGUCUCAAGUCUGGUUGAAGUGGAGCUGUUUAUUGUUUUUUUGAAUCCCAGGAUAGUGACCCGAGUUUUCUUUGUUUAUAGGAGAGCUGCAGCAGAUUUUAUCUCAGGACAGACACCCUUCAUACUCAGCCGAGUUUUACUCGUCCUACAUCAACAUCCUGCUGGGGGUCUUUUACUCAGUCUGCAGGGACCUCAGAGAACUGCGCCACCUGGUCAGACCCUCAAACUCACUCUGUCGUAAAUCGAAGUAUUGACUGUUUUCUUCAGCCUUCAUCAUUGAUUUUCUUUUUUUUUAAACAGGCUGCUCUCAACUUUUCAAAGUUCUGUGAGCCACUGGCAGAAGGAAAAGGUAAAUCAGGAUGACGAGUAAUUAUUGAUCUGACAUCAAUACUUGUGAAUGCCUGAUAUCAACCUUCACUGUGUUCAUUUUAAGAGGGAGGUUCGAUGUGAGCUGCACUUUUUGAUCUUUGUCAGUCCUGCAAGUUGCAUUUCUUGAUGUAUGUUGUUACCGUUGGCUGUGUGUAUUAAUUUGGACAGGGGCACCCACAUUUUCUCACUGUGAAGGUGAAGAGAAACACCACUUUAAUAAGAGCUAAUUGGAUUUUCGUCUUUGUCUUGAGCUCGAUUGAUGAGACUUUAAAUCAGAUAAAUAAGUGCCUGCUGUGACGGUUUCAUGAAAGAGAAUGAGUCAGAAAGGGUUAAAAGAUAUCCAUACCUUGUUGUGUCCCUGUGUCCUUACCUUGCUAAUCUCCUCUCCUAACUCCUCACUCACCUGAGGCUUCUUUCUAAAGUGUCGCUCUCUUUUUUUCCUCCACAGUUAAAGACACAGACACGCACAAGCUGUGGAGAAACAUCGAGCCUCAUCUUAAAAAAGCCAUGCAGACGGUUUACCUCCGUGAAGUGUCCAGGUGUGUGUUCUUCUUCACGCUGAACCCUGAACGGCUUCAGAUGUACUUUCUUUUCAUCGCCGAUUGUCCUCUCUUUCCUCCUCAGUCUUCAGUGGGAGCAGAUGCAGCAAAUGGAGGAGAAGGAGACGGGAACCGUGAGAGGUACCGACGCACACUGAGCGCUGCUGCAUUAAGUGACGUGAUGCAAAUGUAGAGUAGAUGUGAAACUGAGAAACGGCUGAUAGGCUGCAGAGAAACUUGAUUGACACAGAAAUUGAAUCUCAUGCUCUAAAGGCUUGUGUUAUGUCAUUAUGUGAGGGUUUGAAGACACUUUUUGUCGUUUUCCUGAUCUGAACGGUUCAUUCAACUGUUUGCGUUUAUUCCCCUUUCAAGGUUUAUCAGCUCACACUCAUGUUGAACUUCCUUACUACUCCAAGUUCCUGCUGAUCGCUGCCUACCUCGCAUCCUACAACCCUGCCCGCACAGAUAAACGCUUCUUUGUAAAGGUAGAGGAGUGAAGUCUUGGAGGAUUUGACACAGGGAAAUCUCCUGUGAAGAUUAUGCUUUUGAAGUUGUCAUUUUAAUCCAGAUUAAAGGUGUAAAGAUGGACUGUAUCAGACAUUCGACAGAAUUUUAAGCCUUUAAGAAGUUUUUGAUCUGUUGAAAUUAUUAUUUUUUUAACUUGUGUGAAUUAAUCUGUUUGAUGUCUCUCUGUUUCCUCCCAACAGCACCACGGUAAAAUAAAAAAAACUAACUUCUUGAAGAAAAAUGAAAAGGUGAUGAUCGUGACACAACACUGGCAGCAUCUAAUCACAACCUAUUUAUACGAAAUAAUCUGAUGUAAUAUAAUGUUAUGUUUUUUUUAGACAAGUAACCAUCUUCUCGGACCAAAGCCUUUCCCUCUGGAUCGUCUCCUCGCCAUUUUUUACAGCGUGGUGGACAGCAGAGUCGCCCCCACGGCCAGCAUCUUCUCCCAGGUCUGUGUCCACAUGUGAAAGUGCCUCAAAGGGAUAGUUCAGCGUUUUUUAAGAAGAGUAGUAUUUGGUCCUUGUCAGUCGUGUUUCCCCACAAGGGAUGGCAGUCUGAUAGGCCACUAAAGAGACAGAAUUGAGGCUAUCAGCUGCUGCAGACGGGUUCAACUCCACCACCUCGCUGAGCUGAUUCUACCUGCUCCAACCAAAUCACUGCUCUUAGUGUAAAUGAACGCUAUUAUGUGACGUGUGUGCAGAUAAAGUAAUAACAAAAAAUAUGAUCCUGCAUUCUCAGAUCUGAAUUGUUUAGAAGUACAUAUAAAUAUGCUUUUAUCGGAUAUUUAAACUGUUAUUUUUUUCCCAUUGAAAAAAAUCUUUUUUUUCGUGUCCUUCAGCCCUAAUGGAAGGUCUUAGUUUCUAAUUCCUCCUCGAUGCAGCAUAAUGUUCAUUUUCUGAGUUAUGUUCCUGUUUAAAGAGAAACUGAGUUGAGAACGGGCACUUUUAGUUCUGCUUUGUCGCUGUGUGGGCAGACCAGCUUCUCAUCUCUGACGCUACGCCUGCAGUUAAGAGUGUACAAAUGCACAAUUACUGCCGCACAUGAUCUUAAUGUGUUGUUGAUGCCGACAGACAGAAAAGGACAAAUUAGGAUGUGAGUGUUUGGCAGGGGGGCACUAAAAUGAUCCGUUUAAAACAGCUGUGAUUUCUUCAAAGACCCACUCCGAUGAGAAUUAUUGCUUGUUUGUUUUAUAUGUUCAUACGGCAUUUUUCUGAUGCUACAGGACAUAUCAUGGGAUAACUAAAUGUGAAAUUGCUUUCUGAGUAUUUCUUCAUUCAAAUCGCUGUGAAUCUCUGGCAGACCCAAACAGCAGGUUCAGAAACAGUGAGAUUUCAUACCUAACCACUUCAAACUCCGCCCCCGGAGCCUCGCUGUGCAGGCCACAUUCUGCAUAUAGAGGAGAAAUACAGAGGACGAUUGUGAAACAAGCGUGUGCUUGGGCGGAUUGCAAUGCUCGUAAGAAAGCUAAUUAUGAUAUUAACUUUCAUCAUGUCCUUAGAGACAUUAGUGUCCGAGAGCUAAUUGGUUCUAUGUUACCUGCCACGUCUACUACACCGGCAAUAUUAGGCUGCAAGCUAAUGCAAAGAAGAGUGUGCAGAGCAGCACAGUCUCCGCCCACGACUCAGAGGCAAAUUGUUAAUGAUCUAUUGGAGCUCUGCAGAAGAAAAGCUCUUAAUGGUAAUGCGACACAGGUAAUGCGAUUUUUGGUAAAAACUUAAUAAUCACAAUUUAAAGACCACUGAGAACACUAAACCCAAUCUGGUCAACAAAAAAUGAUCGCAGUGGGACUUUAACCUGCAUGUAUAAAUUGUGUUGCAGUUCUCACGGUUAAAGCUGAGCUCUGCAGCAGCUUCAUUCAUCUCUGCAGAGCUCGAUAUCUCUCUUCAUGCUCUUGGCUCCUUAGUUCAGCAGUAAGAACUCUCAUGGCUCUUGCAGUACACAAAAAUUAAUUUCAUGCUGUUUUCCAGAAAAGUGAAUGAAAGAGGAUGCCCGCUGUGAAAAUCUGAUCAUUUAAAAGAGCAUUUGGGUUAGUUGUUCAUGUUAAAUGACCAAAGCCUUUCAGAUGAGAGUUUUCUACUUGUAUGUUCAUGAGUUUUAGAAAAGGCAACUGAAUGCUGAUCUAUUUAUGGGCCCGGGCGUGAAAUGAAGCGAAAAAAUUCAACUCAACUCAUAUCUCUACAACAGGCGCUGCACAUCAAAGAGCAGAAAAGUUGUUUUUACAAGUGGAACAGAACAGCGCGUCAUUUCAGUCUGCCUCUGUCCCCUUUAGAUCUCCUCUCUGGUGACCUUACAGCUCUUGACUAAGGUCAGUCAGGGCGACCUGCUCGAUGCCCCCAAGUUCAAAUGUGCCGUGUCUCUGGACUUCAUCUGUGCUAUAUCCAGGUGCGUGUAUGUCUGAGAUUACACAACUAAGACCUGCAGCAGUUGUUCAAGGGUGUUGACCUUUAGACCAUUAUUCAUGGAGGAUGUCUUUUUGUGUGUGUGUGUGUGUGUGUGUGUGUGUGUGUGUGUGUGUGUGUUUUAUUUUCCAGGACGGUGAAUUUUGAGAUUUUGAAAUACCUGUAUGACUUCCUGUGAGCAUGCUGAGGAGGAAGAAGAGACGAGACGGCGACAGUGAGGAGAUAACGAGGGAUCAGACAAACUGAGAAGCUUAAAUUAUUGGUGGGAUCUAUGUCAAGGAAAACUAAUCCAAUUAUGUCGCUGCCCUCUUGUGGUCAGAAGUCUUUUCACACCAGAAUUUAAGAACCCUUGUCCGUAGUUUAAUAUUUGCAUUUGUAUAAAAUAAAAAAAAACGUAAUACUAA